UGUUUUUAACCAUGCCUACACCAAUCCCAUGCUAUAUGAGUGUAGUAGUGAACAAAUGCACACUUCGGGAACAAGGAGAUAUGGGAUACACACAUUCUCAAAACUCUCCACUAACAGCGUACAGCUCCCUUUAGCCUGCAUCCGAACCUUUAGUCCAUGGACAGUUUUCCAUUUAGCAAAACGUGCUUAUUUUCCUUCAAUGUCAUUUGUUUUUGUGUACUUCACUAACCCACAUUGUGGUCAUGACAUUUCAUAGAGAAAAUCCAGGGCUCGUCACAAUUGGCAUCCUAUCCCCUAAUAUAGUGCACUUUUGACUAGAACCCUGGUCAAAAGCUGUGCACCACAUAGAGAAUAGAGUACCAAUUGGGACAGGGUGACUACCAAUACCAUGCACCUCUCAAUCGCCCAAGCCUUCUGAUGAAAGCUUACGGUUCUCGUGCAGAACUGUUGGUUAUAUACCAGGGAGAAAAAAAUAUUUUCCCUGAUAGUCAUUUUGAUAUUGAUUUUAAAAGCACAUUUUUGUAACGGAUUUUGUUUCAAAGAGAAUACGCAAAUUUUUUCUCUUUGCUGUUUUUGUAUUCAUAUUAUGCCACAAUGUUGUUGUGAAUUAUGUAGGUAAAGCUGUUGAAUGAUUUGUCAGAUGACAUGCAGCUCACAAAUGACUGAGAAAGGCUUGAAGUGACCGAAGAAGAAAAUUCACUGGUGUCAUGUCUUGUAACUGAUACACCAGGUAGAGUGUGUUGGUAUGUCCACAUCCUUACUACACAUGUAGCCUACACACCUGUCUCUGGUUGGUACAAAUGUGCCGUUGCCAGCCAGGUCAUUAUAAUCCAGUGCUGUCCCUUCGUCCCCCUCUCUCUCUCUUGCUCCAGCAGGUGGUGCCAAAUCUGUGUCACCACAACUGUCGCCACUGAAAAUGUCAUCUCUAGUUUUCUGGUGAAUCUGGUCUAGUCUAAAUGAUCAUCCCUUUUCUGUGUAAAUUAUACUUUGUGUGUAUUACUUUAUAAUUGUGCAUAGGAGUGAUUGGAUAGAAAUCUGAAUGUUGCACAUGCUACAAUAACAGCACACCAAUGAUCCACAGUGCUCCUCUACCUGCAGCAUACAUAGGUACUAGAUUUACAGGUAGGUUUGUCCCUAGUUGUGUGUGACACGUUUUUACAGGUGAGUCAUUAUCAUAAAUGAAAGAAUAUUGUGAUAUGUAAUAGAGGCUGUUAUGACGGUGGCUACCCUGUAAUACCAUUUAGGACAUGAAGCUGUAUACCUGAGAUUGUGGACCAUGACAUUCGGUAAAGUAGGUUUACCAAAAUAUAAAGGGUAGAGACAGAACCUGAAGUGACCCAUCCAGUUACCGCCCUCUUGCCGCGGAUAACACAGCCUAAUGGGAUUCCCCUAAAAUGGAGGCAAUGCACGGCUCUUCGGCAAUGCGUAAUACCAAACAACACUUUUCUCCUGAACUCCUCCCUUCUGCUUUUGCCCUCCCUCGAUUUUUACCUCGCCCUCCUCUGGUCUAGCUUGUCUGCUUUUUAUUUAGCCAGCUACCAAGUUGCGACAUUUCACUUCACGCCGCUUCGUCGUUUUGUUUCCCCGCAUAAUAUUUUGGGAUAAAUGCACGAAGUAUCGUUUUUUAAACUGUUAUCAUAAAUGUAAGUGAUUCGAUUUUUCCAGCACUAUUAACAUUCGUUCUAAGUAUGGCGUAUUCAGAAUUGGUAAAAUAAUUAUCGUAUCGUGACAUGAACAUUUAUUUUGCAUGCUGUAAUAAGUAAGAAGACAACGUGUUGAAGACAGGAUUAGGCUAUUUAUCAGACCUACCGAGCGUGCACAGACAGGGUUUUACGGCAGGGGCAGCCACAUGAAGAGGUCAAUAAAGAGGAUGACGAAGACGGAAGGAUAAACGACAAGAGACAGCCAGGGAAGGAAGAAACGUGGAGAAGGAGGGAUGAGAAAGAGACUAAAAUAAGAGGAGGAAGUGGAACUCCAAAGUGCCUAAGAAGACUGUGAGUGGGUGCCUGACGUUCUGGUCUGGAGUGUUUGGCUGGCUGGUGGCCUGCUGCCUCUGUGUAUUGCUGCUGUCUCCUGGCCCUGCUAGGUGAGAGUAGAGCAAAGCACAGCACUGUGUGUGUGUUUAUUUGUGUGUUUGGCCUUGAAUGAGGCUAUAUAUGACCCUGACAGCCAGAGAGUCAUUCCGUCCUGCUGCUGAUCUGCAAUCCGCCCACCUCCCCUCAGCCUCCACCUCCCCCAGCCUCCACCUCCCCCAGCCUCCACCUCCCCCAGCCUCCACCUCCCCCAGCCUCCACCUCGUCAUCAAUACAAGGACACUGGUCGAUAAGCUUCUGCUUUUUUAUCUUUCCCUUUUUCUAAACAGCCUGACCAGGCAUACUAAACGCUACAGAAGCCGUGUCACAGUUCUGGAUAUUUGGGGUGGUUUUGGGGUUUCUGUCUGAAGAAUGGAGUGACCAGCGCGCGCAAGACAGAGACAGACAGACUGACGGACAUAAGAAGAGGAAGCUGUCAUUGGAAGGCCUCUCUCUAGGACAAUGCAUGUCUGAACUAUAUAUCUCAGCAUGCGAGAGUAAGGUCCCCCAAUUUCGUCCUUUUUCUAUGAGACAGAGCUGGCCUCUGCUCACCUCUAUCUCUGAGAACUCAGCCCAUCGUCAGUGGAUCAGGGAUCUGCACCGUACCCAAGAAAACCCACUACUCCAGCCUCCAUACCCAGAAACUCAAAGUAAUUUCAAAGGACCAGCUUAUUCAUUGUAUCCAGUAUAACUAAGUCUUUAAUUUAAUUUCACACACUCAUCUCCUUUUGUAUUGCCAAGGAGUUUCCAAUUUAUUUUCGUCUGCAUCAGGGCUUUUUGUUUGUGCACUAAGUCCCGAUUGUGUCCAACCCUAGACCCUACUCCUUUAUCCACUUGCCCCUUCUUGUCCCGAGGGGCUGUAAUGGCAGUCAAUAUGGGAAGUAUGGCCAUGGGCCGGGACACUAAGUGGUUGACCCUAGAGGUGUGUCGAGAGUUCCAGAGGGGUACCUGCUCCCGCUCGGACGCUGAGUGUAAGUUCGCCCACCCAGCCAGGAGCUGCCACGUGGACAAUGGCAGAGUCAUCGCCUGCUUCGACUCACUCAAGGGACGCUGCACGCGUGACAACUGUAAGUACCUGCACCCCCCUCCCCACCUCAAGACCCAGCUGGAGAUCAACGGGAGAAACAACCUGAUCCAGCAGAAGACAGCAGCGGCCAUGUUGGCCCAACAGAUGCAGUUCAUGCUGCCAGGAGCCCAGUUGCAGCCCAUAGUGAAUAGCCCACACUACACAACUACGUUCCCUAUGACUCCCAGUAUGUCGUCCCUGGCCACCAGUCCCAGUAUGGCGUUCAGCCCGUAUCUGAGCCACAUGGGUCCAGGGAUGGGCCUGAUGCCUGAGCUGCUACACCAGGCCCCCCUGCUGGUCCCAGGGAGCCCCACCGGCCUCCAGGUCAUGGGCAACAGCAGCUCCCAGCAGAAACACAUGCGGACAGACAAGCUGGAGGUAUGUCGUGAGUUCCAGAGGGGUAACUGCACGCGGGGCGAGGGCGACUGCCGCUAUGCCCACCCUAUGGAGGCAGCCAUGGUGGACGGCAGUGAAAACUCAGUCAUCGUCUGUAUGGACUACAUCAAGGGCCGCUGCUCCAGGGACAAAUGCAAGUACUUUCACCCCCCUGCCCACCUGCAGGCAAGGAUUAAGGCCGCCCAGCACCAGGCCAGCCAAACCGCCAACGCCAUGGCCCUGCCCCAUGGGGCAAUGCAACAGCUACCAAAGAGGCCCACCUUAGAGAAGAGUAACGGGGGUGGUGCUGUGUUCAACCCCAGCAUGUUCCACUAUCAGCAGGCCCUGGCUAACAUGCAGCUGCAGCAGCCAGCCUUUAUCCACCCUGGGCUUAUGAAAGGGCCGGCCCCGCUAGCAGUGGAUGGCCGUUGGGAGAGGCGGGACUGGAGCAGCUGCAGGCACCCCCACAGCCGCCUCUUGUCAGCGCCUGGAUUCACUGUACCCAUGAUGCACGGUGCCACCACCUCCACUGUUUCGUCGGCCUCGACCCCAGUCACCAAUGUUCCUUUCGCAGAAUCAGCCUCCUCCAAUCAGACCCUUCAGAGGUUCUGAGUGCCGACCCAGUGGACCUUCAGUGCGUCCCCAUGGAAGCCCACUUCUGCCCUCUCCCCAAACUCCUGAUGGCUGCUCCAGUGGC